CGCCGCCUCGCCUUCCCGGCUCCCGGCCUGCCCCUCCCCCGUCCGCCGCCGUCUCCCGGGAAACGGGCCGCGAUAGCCCGCUGACCCGAAGCUGGUUUCAUGGCAGCCGCGAAGAAAGCAGUCUUGGGGCCAUUGGUGGGGGCAGUGGACCAGGGCACCAGCUCAACGCGCUUUUUGGUCUUCAAUUCAAAAACAGCUGAACUACUUAGUCACCAUCAAGUGGAAAUAAAACAAGAAUUUCCAAGAGAAGGAUGGGUGGAACAAGACCCAAAGGAAAUCCUGCAAUCUGUCUAUGAGUGUAUAGAGAAAACAUGUGAGAAACUUGGACAGCUCAAUAUUGAUAUUUCCAACAUAAAAGCUAUUGGUGUCAGUAACCAGAGGGAAACCACCGUAGUCUGGGACAAGUUAACUGGGGAGCCUCUCUACAAUGCUGUGGUGUGGCUUGAUCUAAGAACCCAGUCUACCGUUGAGAAUCUUAGUAAAAGAAUUCCAGGAAAUAAUAACUUUGUCAAGUCCAAGACAGGCCUUCCACUUAGCACUUACUUCAGUGCCGUGAAACUUCGUUGGCUCCUUGACAAUGUGAGAAAAGUUCAAAAGGCUGUUGAAGAAGAUAGAGCUCUUUUUGGGACCAUUGAUUCAUGGCUUAUUUGGAGUUUGACCGGAGGGGCCAACGGAGGUGUCCAUUGUACGGAUGUAACCAAUGCAAGUAGGACAAUGCUUUUCAACAUUCAUUCUCUGGAGUGGGAUAAAGAGCUCUGCGAAUUUUUUGAAAUUCCAAUGAAAGUUCUUCCAAAUGUUCGGAGUUCUUCUGAGAUCUAUGGCUUAAUGAAAAUCUCUCAUAGCCUGAAAGCUGGGGCCUUGGAAGGUGUGCCAAUAUCUGGGUGUUUGGGGGACCAGUCUGCUGCAUUGGUGGGACAAAUGUGCUUCCAGGAUGGACAAGCCAAAAAUACGUAUGGGACAGGCUGCUUCUUACUGUGUAAUACAGGCCGUAAGUGUGUGUUUUCUGAGCACGGCCUUCUGACCACAGUGGCUUACAAGCUGGGCCGAGACAAACCGGUGUAUUAUGCGUUGGAAGGUUCGGUAGCUAUAGCUGGUGCUGUUAUUCGCUGGCUAAGAGAUAAUCUUGGAAUUAUAAAGAGCUCAGAGGAAAUCGAAAAACUUGCUAAAGAAGUAGGCACUUCUUAUGGCUGCUAUUUCGUCCCUGCAUUUUCCGGGCUGUACGCACCUUACUGGGAGCCCAGUGCCAGAGGGAUCAUCUGUGGGCUCACUCAGUUCACCAAUAAAUGCCAUAUUGCUUUCGCUGCAUUAGAAGCUGUUUGUUUCCAAACCCGGGAGAUUUUGGAUGCCAUGAACCGUGACUGUGGAAUUCCGCUCAGUCAUUUGCAGGUCGACGGAGGAAUGACCAACAACAAAAUUCUUAUGCAGCUACAAGCAGACAUUCUGUAUAUCCCAGUAGUGAAGCCCUCGAUGCCAGAAACGACCGCCCUGGGAGCCGCCAUGGCAGCAGGGGCUGCAGAAGGGGUCGGUGUUUGGAGUCUCGAGCCUGAGGAUUUGUCAGCGGUUACGAUGGAGCGGUUUGAACCCCAGAUCAAUGCUGAGGAAAGUGAAAUUCGUUACUCUACCUGGAAGAAAGCUGUGAUGAAGUCAGUGGGUUGGGUUACAACUCAGUCUUCAGAAAGUGGUGACCCUAGUAUCUUCUGUAGUCUACCCUUGGGCUUUUUUAUAGUGAGUAGCAUGGUAAUGUUAAUCGGAGCAAGGUACAUCUCAGGUAUCCCAUAAAUAAUCCCAACUCGUGGAUUCCAAAGAUGCGAGCUCUUUGCCUAAUGAGAGAAUCCAACAACUGUCUCUUAAUGUGAUGACACUAUUCAUAGACUCUGAUUUUAUUUAUAAGCCACUUGCUGCAUGACCCUCCAAGUAGACCUGUGGCUUGAAAUAAAGAAAAUGCAGCAGAAAGAAUGCUUUAGAAACAUUUGGUGUGUUUUUUAACCUCAAGAGUUAAGAUUGGACCAGCCACCUUGAGGGCUGACCCCUCCUUUGCCAUCGCAUCCUGCCCCAUUCCCUCUGAGAUCUAGGACGAAUUCAGAUCCUUCAUUGGAAUCUUCCAUCAAACAUAUUCAAACGCUGAUGGUCUGGGAUUUGAUUCUCCGUACCACACACACUUGCUUAAGAGGUGAUUACUAACCCGCUACAAAUGAGUGGCUUUUUGCUUGUUUCUUUUUGACAGACCCUAAAAGUCCUCCUUUCUGCACAGUAAGGAGACCACAGCACCUUCACUGAAUGCUUCAAUGGAAACCUCUGCUAAAUUCUUAAAACGGAAAUUUAGUAGUCUCAUAGCUUAGAUAUCUUGCGGAAAGGUAUUUGCCAAAAACUGAAACUGCAGACAUUUUACAUGGUCUUGCGAAUUCACUGAAUUGCUGUCUGGAUCUUACAGGGAAGGACCCUUUCUUUCUUUUUUCAUCUCUCCUUUUUAUAUUUCUUACUUUGUAUGUAUAACAUACAUGCCUAUUUUAUAUACUGAGAGUAGCCCAUUUAUAAAUCAAGAGUACAUUUUACGUGAUCUCACUAAAUACACUGAAUCUCUAUCUCGAUCUUAUAGGGAAGAACACUUUUUUUUCUUUCCAUGUCCUUUUUAUAUUUCUUACUUUGUAUGUAUAACAUACAUGUCUUUAUAUUUUAUAUACAGAGGGUAGCCCGUUUAUAAAUUAAGAGCACAUUGUAUCCAGUAGGUUAUAAUGGGGCAGGUCUUAAGUGGACCACUAUGUGUAUAAAUAUUUUGGGGGAAACACUGUGUACAUUUUUGGGCAACGGUUAUGCAUAUUUCCCAGGAGAAACUUUUUCUUAAAGAGCCAGCAUUUAAAGUUUAAGUAUAUGUUCUAUGUCAAUAAAAGAAAAUGUACUUUAUUAUGACUUCA